CUCACCUCAUUUACUAAUUUUUAGUAACAUAGCUUCUAGUUAAGCUCUUGUCUGAAUGAUUUCUUUUUUUGGAUCAAAGAAAUGAAAAGAUCAAGCUCUAAUAAUGAUCAGAGGGAUGAAAAAGACACUAGUAACAUAUUCCCAAUAUACUCAUCAGCUCGAUCUCAACAUGACAUGUCUGCUAUGGUUUCUGCUCUCUCUCAAGUCAUUGGUAACUCUUCGUCUUCAGCUAGUGGUGAUUCCUCCUCAGUGCAUGUUAAUCCACUAACCCUAAUUCAGCAACAUCAAUCUCAAUCGUCUACUCAAGAUCAAGAAAGAAGGCGAUAUAGAGGAGUUCGUCAAAGGCCAUGGGGUAAAUGGGCAGCGGAAAUUCGGGACCCGAAAAAGGCAGCUAGGGUUUGGUUAGGUACUUUUGAAACAGCGGAAGGUGCAGCACUUGCUUAUGAUGAAGCUGCUCUAAGAUUCAAAGGAAACAAAGCUAAACUCAAUUUCCCUGAAAGAGUUCAAGGACAGUUUUUCCAAUGCUAUGAUCAACCUGCCACGUCAUCAAACAACACAUCUGAACAAAAUUACCCUAAUGUUCAUCACUAUGCUGAUUUAUUACUUCGUACUGACAAUAAUAUCGAUCUAAAUUUCGAUGUUUCACCAAAUACUUUUUAUCACUCUUUUGAUAUUUCACAAUCAUCAAUGGAAGUUCCAGUUUAUCAUGAGGAGCAGCAACAAGUUAUAACUACGCACGAAGAAGAAGAAGAAGAUUUUGUGAAAUAUCGUGGAUCACAUUUUGGAAAUUCUACUUCAAGUGGUGGAACUAAAUAGGAAAGUAAUUGGGAUGAGUAUAAGCAUGGAAAGUAACUCUCAAUAUGAAUGACAGAUGGUAUCAGAGCUAGGUCCUGAAUUCGAGUCUCGUUAUUGUCACUGAAAAAGAAUCACACUUGCAUGUGAUGAUGAGGAAAUAAAUAUAUAUGUUUUGUCUCAAUCUAUGAGCUAAUUGUAUAAGCUUUUACAAGGGAUAGAGAUGUAUUUUACGUAUUUUGUUGUUUUAUUAUAUUGUGGGGCUUAAUUUUAUCUUUCAGUUUAUUAUUCAUUAUGAACUAUAUAUGUAUAUGGUGGUGAAGUAAUGGGAAAAUAUGAAUGGUGUGUGA